CAGUGAGGUAGUGUUCACAGGUUCAUGGACCGUUCAGAAAUCUGAUGGUGAGGGGUAGGAGCCGCUCCAAAAACUUGUCACAAUGACUGCCUUUGCGUGGUUUGAUGUCAGAUCUUGUUUGACAAUCACUCCGGCCUCAUACCACGAGAUGCUAACGACGCUUCUUAAAUGCUAGCUGCUGUUGUCGUAGUACACUGCCUGGCUGAGUCUGUGGGUUCUUAAUUGCCAGGGAAUGAUGAUGUCAUGUGGAUUUGUUCCGAGCAGAAUAUAAAUCGAGCCGAGGGAGAUCCAGCCUCCCUUCACUGAGGUGGAGAAUCCUUGCACAGCCUCUUGGAAGCAGUCACUGGACAGCAGGUUAUGCCACCCCUAAGGUUUGUGGUGAAGACGGCAGUGAAGGAGAAAGGCUGAUUGGACAUUGCCCUGUGUCGUCACAGUGACCAUGGCAACCAAUGGGAGCAAGGAGCUGGCAAAUGUCCCCACGUGCUCACACAUGGCAGAAGAUGAGGCUGAAAGGUCAGCAGCGGAGGCAGACGAGGAGGCAGAGGAAGAGGAGGAUGAGGAAGAGCUGGACAAGCUGUUGGCAGUGGAGUGCCUGAGAGAUCUGCUGAGUGACCGGCCUCCGCAAGAACCUGAGAGGACCUACAGUGAGAAGGACUUUGAAUAUCACCGGCGCACCUCCCUUCAUGUCCACCACCCCCUCUCCACCCGCUUGCCGCUGCACAUGUGCUUCAGGAGGAAGGUUCUUCACUCAGAGCGGAAGAGGAAGAAAAAGAGAAAGAAGAAAAAGACGUCGGUGCCGCCGUCGGAGGAGACACCCACCAUCCAAGAGGUGGACGAGGAGGAAGACGAGGAGGUCUCGGAGGUGGAGGUACAGGACAAGGAGCUGUCGGCAAGUGAGGAGGCACACGACCCACCACAGUUCCUCAUUACUUCUCGUGACUCGAUGGAGAGCCUGCUGAUGGAGGAGCAGAUCCUGCAGCCCUGUGAACCACUCCCAGAGACAACAUCAAUGCUGGCAGAAAGCUGUACGGGACCUUCCCCGGAUUCCCCGGACAUCUCUCCAAACAGCCACGGAAAGCGGAAGUCAGUGCACCGGGUGGCAGGUGCCCAGAGGACGAGUUACAACCUGGAGGAGCGGGUCUGUAUCGGAAGCAUGACCUCACUGGGGCCUGCUGUGUACCAAAAGGUGCCGACAGAUGAGGCUGAGGCUCAGAUGUUAGCCACUGUUGACUUGGACGACAUGAAAAGCCACAGGUUUGAGGACAACCCUGGAGUUCGUCGGCAUCUGGUCAAGAAACCUUCAAGAGGGCAAAUGAGUAAAAAGGGUAGCAAGAUGUCAGUGCCCAGCGUGAAGAAGGUUCAGCAAGACCGGAAGCCCCACGAGGUCUUCGUCGAGCUGAACGAGCUGGUAGUGGGAAAGAACAACGAGAUGACCUGGCAGGAGACAGCGCGUUGGAUCAAGUUCGAGGAGGAUGUGGAGUCAGAGACGGACCGGUGGGGGAAGCCGCACGUGGCCUCAUUGACCUUCCGGAGUCUACUAGAGCUGAGGAAGACCAUCGCUCAAGGGGCAGUGUUGUUGGACCUGGAGCAGAAGACUUUACCUGGAAUUGCUCAUCUCGUGGUGGAAACCAUGGUCAUCACGGACCAGAUCAAAGCCGAGGACAGAACUAACGUACUGAAAGCCUUACUGGUCAAACACAGCCACCCGAAUGAUGAAAAGGAGGGAAGUUUCUUCCCUCGGUCUGGAAAUUCUAACAUGUCCUCUGUCCUGACUGGCUACCAAGUUCACCAAGAGGACAAUCUCUCCAAAGACCCCUUCGUGACCGUGCCGCUCAUGGGAGAGGAGUGCGUCAAGACUCAGGACCCCAAAAACAUGGAGGCCGACACCCAGAACAGCCUGAAGCGUCCAAUGCACCACAGUGAGAAGCACAAAACCAAGUCGGAAAUGAAACUGCUGAAACAGAUUCCGGAGAACGCAGAGGCCACAGUUGUCCUUGUUGGGACUCUGGCCUCCCUGGAGCAGCCCACCAUGGCCUUUGUUCGUCUCAGUGAAAGUGUGUUACUGGAGUCGGUUUUAGAGGUCUCUGUCCCCGUUCGUUUCAUCUUUGUCCUACUAGGACCGGCCCAGUCCAGCAUGGACUACCAUGAGAUUGGCCGCAGCAUCUCCACCCUGAUGUCUGACAAGGAUUUCCACGAAGCUGCCUACAUGGCUGAUGACCGUCAGGAUCUCCUGAAUGCCAUUAACGAGUUUCUGGACUGCAGCAUUGUCAUCCCACCACUUGAGCUGGAAGGCAAGGACCUCCUCCGGUCUGUUACUGCCUUUCAGAAGGAGAUGCUGAGAAAGAGGAAAUCAAGGGAGCACAAGAAGUCGAUAAAGAAGGAGGAAUCGCUGUUGGACAUUAAAGAAGUGUGCGAAGAUGUGAAGGAGGAAGAGGUUGAGGACGACCCUCUGAAGAGGACAAACCAGCUAUUUGGAGGCCUGAUCCGGGACAUCAGGCGGAGGUAUCCCAAGUACCUGAGUGACAUCCGGGAUGCCUUCAACUGUCAGUGCCUGGCCGCUGUCAUCUUCAUCUACUUUGCUGCCCUGUCUCCUGCCAUCACCUUCGGGGGGCUGCUCGGUACAAAGACUGAGGGUCUGAUCGGGGUGUCGGAGUUGAUCGUCUCAACAUCAGCAAUGGGCAUCUUCUUCUCCCUGUUUGGUGCUCAGCCACUUCUGGUGAUUGGAUUCACGGGUCCGCUGCUGGUGUUCGAGGAAGCGUUUUACAAUUUUAGCAAGAACCGGAACAUUGACUAUCUCACUGGCCGCGUAUGGAUUGGGUUUUGGCUCAUGUUCAUUGUGCUCAUCGCAGUGGCCUUUGAGGGCAGCUUGCUGGUUCGAUACAUCUCCCCCUUCACCCAGGAGGUCUUCGCCUUCCUCAUCUCUGCCAUCUUCAUCUAUGAGACCCUGAAAAAUCUCAGCAUGGUCUUCUCAGAACAUCCACUUCUCAAGACCUACCCUCCUGACACAGGGACAAGGGCCAACUAUACACAGGAUAUGAUGGUGCAGAUGCAACCCAACACAGCCCUCCUCUCUCUGGUCCUGAUGGUUGGCACCUUCUUCAUUGCCUACUUCCUGAGGAAGUUCAGGAACAGCCGCUUUCUCGGGGGAGGUGUGCGACGGGUUAUUGGAGACUUUGGAAUUCCCAUUGCCAUCUUGCUGAUGUUAAUCGUGGAUAUCUCAGUCACUGACACCUACACUGAGAAGUUGAACGUGCCUCUGCACUUCUCGGUUACCUCUCCCAGCAAGCGGAGCUGGUUCAUUCACCCCCUGGGCGAGGACAACAGCUUCCCUCUGUGGAUGAUCUUUGGCUCAGUUAUCCCUGCCCUGCUUCUCUUCAUCCUCAUCUUCAUGGAGACCAACAUCACCACGCUUAUUGUCAGCAAGAAGGAAAGGCGCCUGGUUAAAGGCUCCGGCUUCCACCUGGACCUGCUCCUCAUCGGUGUGGGAGGCGGAGUCUGUGGCAUCUUCGGUCUCCCCUGGCAGACGGCAGCCACCGUACGCAGCAUCGCCCAUGUCAAUGCCCUGACUGUCAUGAGCAAGAGCACCGCUCCAGGAGAGAAGAUCAAGAUCAAGGAGGUGAAAGAGCAGCGGAUCACUGGGACACUGGUGGCGUUGCUCGUGGGACUGUCAGUGGUCAUGGGCACAGUGCUACGGAUGAUCCCAAUGGCGGUUCUGUUUGGGAUCUUCCUGUACAUGGGGCUGACGUCGCUGACAGGAACCCAACUGUAUGAGCGACUGCUGCUGAUGUUUAUUCCAGCCAAGUUCCACCCGGACCACGUCUACGUCACCAAGGUGAGGUCUUGGCGAAUGCACCUCUUCACCAUUAUCCAGAUAAUCUGCAUCAUCAUCCUCUGGGUCAUCAAGUCCACCAUUAUCUCCUUGGCCUUCCCGUUUUUCCUCAUCUUGACUGUGCCCACACGCCGCUACCUACUUCCGAAGAUAUUCCGAGAGCGGGAAUUGCUGGCGCUGGAUUCUGACGAGACACAUCCAAACUUCGAUGAGGAUGGACACGACGAGUACAGCGAGAUGCACAUGCCCCUGUAAGGGGGAAGCUGAGGUGGCCCUCGCUCUUCUUCCUCUGCAGUCCCAUCCGCCUUCUGCUCUCUACCUCCUCCUUCUGGCCUCCAAGCAGCUCCCUCCCUGCGCAAGGCGAUGGGGACAGUCCUGCCAUUAGGUCCCUCCUACUCCUUCGAACCAGCACACCAGAGCUGGGCAGGAGGAGAGCUGCCCUGUGAGAGGCAACAGGAGAUCCCUCUGCAAGAAGGGAGACAGACGAAGAUCUCAAGAUGGCUACCAGCUGUAUUUUCCUACUGUAUCCUACUGUGCUGUUUUAUAUUAGAUGUUAGCUAAACAAAAUAGACAAUUCUCCACAUGCAAACUUUACUUACUAUAAAGAUAUAACUGAGUGUCUUAUAACAAACUGGUAGAUUGUCGCUUCUCAGGCGAUGUGACCAUGAACUUGGGAGUUGAACAUAAGGAAGCUGUCUCUGCAGUAUGUUCACAGUGAGGUUUAUGCAUCUCACCUGCGUCUGUUGACGAGUAAUUUCAUAGCUAUUGCACCUUUAACGCCGUAGAGAUCAACCCGUGUUCUACUCAAAAAAAGACAAUUCAACACCAAACCUCGGUUAAACAAAGACUCGGUUAAAGGGGUAGGUUUUAAGUUCAGAGUUUAAGGAUGGGAAGGAGGUUAGGGAGGUAGUGGGGGAGUCUGGAACCAGAGGGCACAGCCUCAGAGUACAAAGGCGUACUUUAGAAAAAAGAUGAGGAGAAAUGUCUUUACCUAGUGAGUUGGACAGCAUGGUGUUGGGGGUUGAAUAGGUGAAGGGGAUGUAGGAGUGGCGUGGAAGCAUAAUAUUAUGACAGUGUCAGUGACCCAGGUUCAAUUCCUGCCACUGUCUAAGUAGUUUAUACACCUUCCCCACGUGGGUUUCCCUGGGUGCUCUGCUUCCCUCCCACCUUCCAAAGACGUAUGGGUAAGUAGGUCAGUUGGGUAACACGAUGAAUAAACAAACAAAUAUGGUGAAGACAGUGAAGUUUUGGAAGCACUGAUAGGUGGAGGAAGCUGGGAAAGUAGACUUUAGUGCCCGCCUUUAUGCAGUAUAUUGAGGUUAGUUACCUGGAUAAUGCAGGAAACAGGCAUUGAGACCAGUUACCACAUCUCCCCUCUGCUUGUUCAUGGGUCUCUGUUUCUCCAGAGAGAUGCAUCACUGAGAUUUCUUUGCUGGGGUUGUGGGGAUGCUGACGUCCUACAGUGAAUGUUUAACCAUCCACCACCACUCCGUUCCCCAGGACUCAGGAUGCUGAGAGACAUUAGUUCUCAAUCCAGUAAUUCUUCCACAGGAUUGGAGUGAGCAGGAUUAACUGAUCGGCCUUCACACUGGCGUUCCUAAACCACUCAGGGUCCUAGGCCUCCCAACUCUCUGCUCGGAAAAGAUUAAAGAGAUUAGCUUUAUUUGUCACAUGUAUAUCAAAACAUGCAGCGAAACGCGUCAACAGCCAACUCAGUCUGAGGAUUGUGCGUAAGUGUCGCCAGGCUCCCAGCGCCAAAACAGCAUGCCCACAACUUGCUAACCCUAAUCCAUACAUUUUUGGAAUGUGGGAGGAAUCUGGAGCAUCCAUGGGAAAGCCACAAGGUCACAAAAAGAGCAUCCUCACUGCUUGCAGACAGUGGCGGAAUUGAACCUGGGUCACUGGCGCUGUAGAGCGUUACACUAACCAGUACGCUUCUGUGCCACCCAAGCCCCCUAUGGCCAUCAGUUCUAGUCUCACCUACCAUGGAAACAACUUUCCGGCCUCUAUACUAUCUAUGCCUUUCAGAAUUUUCUGUUUCUAUAUGAUCUCUGAUUCGCCUGAAUUCCAGUGACUCAGUCACAGGGAGAACAUACAAACUCCUCACAGCCCGCAGCAGGAAUCGAACCCCAAUCUUCCGAUUGCUCAUGCUGUAAAGCUUCACGCUAACCACUAUACUACCAUGCUACCCAUUAAGGGACUGAGAUUAUUAAGAUAAAGUGGGAUUGAACUAUUGUGUGAGAAGCCUGAUCUUGGCUGACUAUACCUCAUUCUUGUUCCUCUUAGCCAUCUCCUGGUCCAGGAAUACCCUGGUCAGGGAAUUCCCUUUUCCCAAUGUAUACCGGCUGACCUCAACCCAGGAACCUCCAACUGCCCCUCGGUGCUGUUGGAACGUUAGAACUGGAAGCUGCUGAUUUCUUGGGCUCCUCUGUCCUUUUAGUAAGGUGACACUGGCUGUUGUACCUCGUCCCCAUUUCUCCACCAAUAUCCCCCAUUCCCACUACUCAACAAUUACUGGUAUCACCCACUUGUGUUGGCAGCAUGGAGGACGUCUUUAAGAGGCCAUGCUGCUCAUAGAGUGCUACUGCACAGAAACCAGCCCUUUCAUCCAUCUAGUCCAUGUUGAACUGUUAUUCUGCCUAGAUCCAUUGACCUGCGCCAGACCGUAGCCCUCCGUACCCCUCUAUACCCCUCCUAUUCAUGUACUUAUCCUAACUUCUCUUAAAUGUUGCAAUUGAAUCCGUGUCCAUUGGCAGCUUAUUCCACGCUCGCACCACCGUUAUUCCACCUAAAGUUCCACUUAAAUAUUUCAUCUUUCACCCUUAACCUCUGACCUCCUGUUCUAAUCUACCCAACCUCAGUGGAAAAAGCCUACCUGCAUUUACCCUAGCUAUACCCCUCAAUUCUGUACACCUCUAUCAAAUCUCCCCUGCACUCCAGGAAAUAAACUCCUAACCUAUUUAACUUUCUCCUAUAACUCAGGUUCUCAAGUCCCAGCAACAUUCUUGUAAUUUAUUUUCUGUACUUCUAUAAUGAGGCGACCAGAACUGAACACAGUACUCAAAGUGUGGUCUAACCAGGGUUUUAUAGAGCUGCAACAUUACCUCGCACCUCUUGAGCUCAAUCCCACAACCAAUGAAGCCCAAUAUUCCAAACAUCUUCUUAACCACCCUAUCAACUUGCACAGCAACUUUGAAGGAUGUAUAUACUUGGCCUCCAAUAUCCCUCUAUACCUCCAUACGUCUAAGAAUCUUGCCAUUAAUUUUGUACUCCGCCUUCAAAUUUGACCUUGCAAACUGAAUCACCUCACAUUUUUCCGAGUUGAAGUCCACCUGCCACUUCUCAGCUCAGCUCUACAUCCUAUCAAUGCCCCGUUAUAGCCUACAACUUCCCUCCUCUCUGUCCACAACACCACUAACCUUCAUGUCAUCUGCAAACUUAAUAACCCACCCUUCCACUUCCUCAUCCAAGUCAUUUGUAAAAGUUACAAAGACCAGGGUGCUCUGUGGAACCCUCUUGGUUUCUGACCUCUAGACAGAAUAUGUUCCAUCUACAACCACACUCUGCCCUCUGUGGGCAACCUAAUUCUGAAUCCACACAACCAGCUUUCCCUAUCCUUACACAUGACCAUCUGAAUGAGCCUACCAUGGCGAACUUUGUCAAAUGCCUUACUAAAAUCCAAAUUUAGAACAGAAAACAAGACAGACCCUUCGGUCCAAAAUGUUGUGCUUACUGUUUAGUCUUCUCUAAGAUCAAUCUAACCCUUCCCUCCUAAACUGGUUUCCUCCUGCCAUCCAAAAAUUUAUCGAAUGUAUCUGCCUUUACCACUACCCCUGACAGGGUGUUCCAUACACCCACCACUCUCACCUGAAGUCAGGCUUGAACAAACAGAGGCAGUCGGAGCUGAUGUCACUGAAGGUGACAUUUAAUAAAUUCGCAGUGUUUUAUCUCACUCCUCCGUCAGUGCCACAGGCUGACAAGGGCAGGUGUUGGGUUUGCCAACAAUCUCCGGUGACUUGAGGAAUUGUUGAGGAACUCCGGGUCAGCUGAUCUUGGCCGUUGUGGAAUUGAACUCUGCAAAGCUCCAUGUUGGGGGCUCAGGUCUCUGAUCAGGUUCCCAGGUAACCAGGAGGGGGAGAGGUGCAUGCCGCCAUGUUACUGAACAAACUAAUAGAGGGCGGGCAGGUUUGGAGUUUCAAGGACAAGUUUCCGGUGACUGUAGCAAAUGUACCAGCAUAAGGGGCAGCACAGUAGAGAAGCAGUUAGCGUUACGCACUAACAAUGCCAGUGACCCAGGCUCAAUUCCUGCCACUGUCUGUAAGGAGCUUGUACUAUACAUUCACCCCGUGACCAUGUGGGUUUCCUCCAGGGGCUCCGCUAAAGGUGUAUGGGUUAAUUGGUCACAUGGGUGUGAUGGGGUAGCAUGGGCUUGUUGGGCCAGAAGGGCCUGUUACCGUGCUGUAUCUCUGAAAUAAAUGAAAAUUCUGCAGUGCCUUCUACAGCCUUAGGUCAAUGCCCGACAUCCAAUGAUGUCCUUUCGUAGUGUAACCACUGCAGCUUUGGGCCCAUUAGCUAAGAAGGGACGUGUUGUCAUUGGACAGAGUCCAGAGGUUCACAAGAAUGAUCCAUGGAAUUAAAGGAUUAAUGUAUGAGGGGUGUUUGAUGGCCUGUACUCACUGGAGUUUAGAAGAAUGAGGGAGAAAUCCCAUUGAAAUCUACCAAGUAUUGAAAGGCCUCCAGAGAAUGGAUGUGGAGAGGAUGUUUCCAAAUAGUGGGAGAGUCUAGGACAAGGGCACAGCCUCAGAAUAAAAGGGCGUCCCUUUAGAAUAGAAAUGAAGAAUUUCUUUAGGCAGAGGGUGGUAAAUCUGUGGAAUUCAUUGCCACAGAUGGCUGUGGAGGCUAAAUCAUUGGCUAUGUAUAUUUAAAGCAGAGGUUGGUAGGUUCUUCAUCUGUAAGGGCUAAAAGGUUACAGGGAGAAGGCAGGAGAAUGGGUUUGAGUGGAAUAAUAAACCGGCCAUAGUGGAGCAGACUCAAUGGGCUCAAAUGGUCAAAUUCUGCUCCUAUGUCUUAUGAUCUUAUUUAUCCAAUUAGUUCAACACUGGAACCAUUUUAAUCAUUUACCUAGAUCCCUCAAGACUUUUUUUAACAUGUCAUUGGGCAUAUUUAAAGCUGAGGUUGAUAGGUUCUUGAUUAGUAAGGGUGUCAAAGGUAAUGGAGAGAAGGCAAGAGAACAGAGAGAUAAUAAAUCAACCAUGAUGGAACAAUGGAGCCCAUUUGAUGGGUCAAUUGGCCCAAUUCUGCUCUUAUGUGUUAUAGUCUUAUGGACAUGAGAAACCUAGGGGCUGACUGAUGCAUAGAAAGAGCUGGAUAAUGUGUGUUAGUGGGGGCAAUUUCUUGGUAGCUGUUAGCAGAAGAUGCUGAUGUCAUGAGGAGCUUUACAUCCACUAGGGGGAGCUGACGGGGGCUUUGGUUUAACAUUAAGCCGGGGUGCAAAUCAGGUGUCGCUGAGGGAUGGGAAACCAUGGCAAAGUGUGGAGCACGGAGUGAGGGACGGAAUGAGCCUCUCUCUGCUUCGAUUCCCUUGUUCCCCUCCACCUUCACAAACAGUGGGAAGGUAAGUCAGAAUCAAAAUCAGCUUCAUUACCACUAACAUAUGUCGUGGAACUUACUUUGCGGCAGCUGUCCAGUACAUAAAAAAUUACUAUAGGUAUCAAUAAGAAAUAUAAAAUAUAUGAAUAAGUAGUACAAAAAACGGGGCAGUGUUUAUGGAUUCAUGGUCCAUUUAGAAAUCUGAUGUCAAAGGGAAAAAUAUGUUCCUGAAAUAUUGAAUGUGUGUCUUCAGACCCUUGUACCUCCUCCUUGAUGGUAGUAAUAAGACGGAGGCAUGUCCUGAGUGGUAAGGGUCCUUAGUGAUGGACGCUGCGAAUGUUGAGGCAUUGCCUUCUGAAGGUGCCCUUGCUAGUGGGAGGCUAGUGCUCAUGAUGCAGCUGGCUGAGUUUGCAACCCUCUACAGCUUUUUCCAAUCCCGUGCAUUGACGUCUCCAUACUAGACAGUGAUGCAAACAGUCAGAAUGCUCUCCACAGUCCAUCUGUAGAAACUUGCUAGAAUUUUUGAUGGCAUACUGUUCUAAAUCUCCUCAAACUCCAGCAACAGGAACUCCUCCUCUGAUCACUGCCUUAAACUGAUACACUUCUUGGGACUUUUGGCAGUCAAUCUGUGCAAGCCAGAACUAAUGAAUUAUGUGUGCACCAAGAGUUUCUGUCUGAUAUUGAGUUUGAUAGAACAGAGAAUGUAGAACAGCAUGGACCAGUACAGGCCCUUUGGCCUACGAUAUUGUGCCGACUUUUAAACCCACUCCACAAUCAAUCUCACCCUUCCAUCCUACAUAGCUCUCCAUUGUUGUUACAUCCACGUGCCUGUCCAGCAGUCUCCUAAAUGUCCCUAAAGUAUCAGCCUCAGGGUAUCAGGGUUUCAGAGAACACCUCAGAGUCACGUCUCAACCAGACUCGGCAAGGGUGGCAGGCUCCCUGAGCCUGAAAACCAUCAGAAACACAGGAUUCUGCAGAUGCUGGAAAUCCAGAGCAACACACACACAAUGCUGGAGGAACUCAGCAGGUCAGACAGCAUCCAUGGAGGGGAAUAAACAGACGACAUUUCAGGCCCAGGACCAGAAAGGAAUGGCGCAGAAACCAUAAUAAGAAGUUGGGCGAGGAGAAGGCAGUAUAAACUGGCAGGUGGUAGGUGAUGGGUGAGACCAGGUGAGGGAGAAGGUGGAUGGGUGAAGGGGAUGAAGUUAAAAAGCUGGGAGAUGAUAGGUGAAAGGGGUAAGGGGAAAUACAACCCGUUGGAAUUCUUUGAGGAAAUAACAAGCAGAAUAGGAGAGUCAGUGGAUGUUGCUUACUUGGAUUUUCAGAAGGCCUUUGACAAGGUGCUGAACAUGAGGCUGUUUAACAAGAUAAGGACCCUUGGUAUUACAGGAAAGGUACUGGCAUGGUUAGAAGAUAGCUGAUUGGCAGUAGGCAAAGAGUCAAAAUAAAGGGGGCCUAUUUUGGUUGGCUGCCAGUUACAACUGAUGCUCUGCAGGGAUCGGUAUUGGGACCGCUUCUUUUCACGUUAUAUGUCAACGAUUUGGAUGUCGGACUUGAUGGUUUUGUGGCCAAGUUUGAAGACAAUGCAAAGAUAUGUGGAGGGACAGGGAGCAGGGAAUCAUGCACUUUGGUAGAAGGAGUAAAGGCAUAGCAUUUGAUAGCUCCGUAUUUGUUAGAGUUUAGAAGAAUGAAAGGCCUAGACAGAGUGGAUGUGGAGAGGAUGUUUCCUAUAGUGGACCAGAAGGCAUGGCCUCAGAAUAGAGGGACAUCUAUUUAGAACAGAUACGAGGAGUAAUUUCUUUAGCCAGAGGGUGGAUAAUCUGUGGACUUCAUUAUCACGGAUGGCUGUGGAGGCUAAGUCAAUGGGUAUAUUUAAAGCAGAGAUUGACAGGUUUUUGGUUAGUCAGGGCGUCAAAGGUUAUGGGAAGAAGGAAGGAGAAUGGGGUCGAGGGGGAUAAUAAAUCGGCCAUGAUGGAAUGGGAACAGACUCAAUGGGUCAAGUGGCCUAAUUCUGUGACUAUGUCUUAUGGUGUUAUGGUAAAGGACUGCAGAGGGAAUCUGAUGGGAGAGGACCAUAGCAGAAGAGGAAAGAGGGGUACCAGAGGAAGGUGAUGGGCCAGUGAAGAGAAGAGAAGGGAUAAGAGGAAAUCAGAAUGCUGAAUGGGGGAGAAAAGAGCCUCUCCUGCAUAGGUACUGCCUGAACUGCUGAGUUGCUCCAAUAUUUUGUGUAUAUUGUUCCCUGAAGUGCAUUCGUUUACCAGGACAAUUUUUACAACAACCUAAUUGUUAUAAGGAGCUUUUUUUUAUCCAAUUAACUAAAUUCCCAAGCUGCCAUGUUUUAGAUUUGAACAUGUCUCCAGGCCUUGGAUGCAAGUCAAGUGUGACGGCUUCUAGCGACCUGUAACCGAUUAAAACUAGCAGCGGGCUUCAACGUCGAAUCGUUCUAAUCUGCACUUUCCAUUGUGUAUAGCCAGAGAAGUUUUUUUUUACAACUGUUUCCCCACUGCAGCUCACUUGAUGAGUGUUGGGUAUUUCUGUAUAUGAGCAUACAUUUAUAAAUUAUUUUAUUGAGAAUAGAUGUAAUAAUUUUAAAAAAGAUUCACAAGGAAGAUUGAAAUUAUUAAUGAGUAUCCUGGCAUUUGUACUGUGAAAAACUGAGAUGUGUGAAAUCUCUCGUAUUUUUGUGCCAAUAAUUUUUCAGACUGUCUUUCUUUCUGAAUGUUUGGAGCUGUGACCACUCUGGUACAGGAAUCUCUUUAAUAAAAUCU